AGUGUCAUUUCAACAAGAAAAAUCAAAUACAAGUUAUACUUUUUCAUAAUCUUUUUUAGUGAUCUUAAAAAUGGCAGGACACAUCGGUCAAGUGGGUUCCAAACUAGGUGAAGCUGUUGGGCUAGGAACCGGUGGUCACCAUACCACUGGUCACCAGGGUACCGGAACCACCGGUCACCAAGGCAUUGGUACUAAAAUAGCUAAUGGUGCUGGGGUAGGAACCGGUGGUCAUCACACAACCGGUACAACCGGUCACCAAAGUGUGGGUACUAAAAUAGGUAACGCCGUUGGGCUAGGAACCGGUGGUCAUCAUACUACAACUACCACCGGUCACCAAGGUGUGGGUACCAAAAUAGCUAAAGCCGCUGGGCUAGGAACCGGUGGUCAUCAUACUACAACCGGUCACACUGGAACCGGGCAUGCUACCACCGGUCACCAAGGUGGUGUUGUACAGAAGAUUAAAGAAAAGCUUCCCGGUGUCGGUCAUAGUACCACAACAAGCGGUGGUGGUGCUUAUGGAGGAACGCAUCAAAAGAAAGGAGUGGUGGAGAAGAUCAAAGAGAAGUUGCCAGGACAUCACUAAAUUGUAUAUUGUGUGUUUAAUUGGAGGAUGCAUGUAAUAAUAAUGAAGACAGAAAAAUUAUAAGCUUCUUGGCUUUGAUUUAAUUGGUUGUCUAAGCAUAUGUUGAUGGGUAGCCAAAUUAAAGCAA